UCUUCCAACAACACGACUCCUGCACUUCCACGGCAGAUCUGCACAUGUCACAUGAAGACGUCAAAGAGCGGGAAAUGACGUCAGCAGCUGCUCACCUCUUUCAUGAAGAAUGCACAUUUUGCUAAUAUUUAGGAGUUAAGAGUUUAAUGAUAUUUAAGGCAGGCCGUCAAAGACCACUCAGACUCUCUGCAGGCGAGUAAAAAUUAAAUACUUUAGACACGUGAACGGAUGAUAAGAUUGGCGCUUUGAUUGAUGUAAAAGGGGAGGUGAGGCCGAUUUUUAUUUUCUGCCUCGCGCAGCGGCCGUCGCGGCACCGUCGGGAUCGUUGUGCUCGGCUCGUGGACUUCGUGUCUGGACGGAGCACGCGUCUUCCGGAACUCUGCUCGUUUUUAGAAACCCAGUGCUGUGCUUAUUCAUUCAUUUUUUUCCCCUCACUGCUCUUCCCAUGUCCACAUCAUGUGGUCCCGGUGGGCGGUCGAUCGGCCCGUGUAGCCACGCGUGGGCGUCGCCCGUAGGUCUCCUUGAGGAAGCUGGCGCAGGCUGACAGUUGACAGGUUUUUUUUUUUUUUUUUUUUCCUCUCCCCAUUAUUAUUGUUUUAAACGUAUAGCUGCCGCUUUAAUCCGUGUCCUGAGCGCAGCUGCUUGGUUUUUUAUUCUUCAUUCAUUGUCCGCCUCCUAUUUUGGUGAAAUAAAUCGACCGCUGAAGAAAUAAUUUUUCGCACAUCCUCGAGCUGCCGUGAGAAUGGCUCUUAAUUUAAGAAGUGCUUAAACAAAAGGUGUGAAAAGCUCUGAUCCUUGAGACAGCUACCUUGGCACGGGCUUAGGAAGAGAUACAGCACAACAGGCGCCGUAGCUCAGCAUGUCUAGCCCGAACAGCAGCCCGGAGAGGGAGGGCACCAUGGAGCGAACAGAGUGCCCUGCCUCGCCCCCCGCUGGCCUCAGUCCUCCAUCUAUGGGCAGCCCCAUCCUCAGUCCAGACUCUUCCUCCCAUGAUACCACACUGUCUGCCCCUGUGGCCUCACCUGCUGACUCUGAGAGCCUCAGUCCUGACGAGCUGGAGCUGCUGGCCAAGUUGGAGGAGCAAAACAGGCUUCUAGAGGCAGACUCCAAAUCCAUGAGGUCAAUGAGCGGCUCCCGGCGGAACUCGGGCUCCUCGCUGGUUUCUAGCUCCUCUGCCUCUUCCAACCUUAGUCACCUGGAAGAGGACACCUGGAUCCUCUGGGGUCGCAUUGUCAAUGAAUGGGAGGAGUGGAGACGCAAGAAGGAGAAGCUCCUCAAGGAGCUGAUCCACAAAGGCAUUCCUCACCACUUCCGUGCCAUUGUGUGGCAGCUGCUGGGCAAUGCCACAGACAUGCCAGUGAAGAACCAAUAUUCUGAGCUGCUCAAGAUGUCAUCUCCAUGCGAAAAGCUGAUCCGUCGGGACAUUGCUCGAACCUACCCAGAGCAUGACUUCUUCAAGGGCCAAGACAGCCUGGGCCAGGAGGUGCUCUUCAAUGUCAUGAAGGCAUACUCUCUGGUGGACCGUGAGGUGGGCUACUGUCAGGGCAGUGCCUUCAUCGUUGGACUACUGCUCAUGCAGAUGCCAGAGGAGGAAGCCUUUUGCGUCUUUGUGCGCUUAAUGCAGGAGUAUAGAUUGAGGGAACUCUUCAAACCUAGCAUGGCUGAACUGGGUCUUUGCAUCUACCAGUUUGAGUAUCUGCUGCAGGAGCAGCUACCAGAGCUCAAUGUACACUUCCGCUCGCAGAGCUUCCACACCUCCAUGUAUGCCUCCUCCUGGUUCCUCACGCUCUUCCUCACCUUCCUGCCUCUGCCUGUGGCCACGCGCAUCUUCGACAUCUUCAUGUACGAGGGCUUGGAGAUCAUAUUCCGCGUGGGCAUGGCCAUCCUGCAGUACAACCAGACGGACCUCAUCCAGCUGGACAUGGAGGGAAUGUCCCAGCACUUCCAGAAGGUCAUCCCACAUCAGUUUGACAGCUGUCCUGACAAGCUCAUUUUACGGGCCUACCAGAUCAAAUACAACCCCAAGAAGAUGAAGAAACUGGAGAAGGAGUAUACCACCUUCAAAAACAAGGAGAUGGAGGAGCAGAUUGAGAUCAAGAGGCUACGCACAGAAAACAGGCUGCUAAAACAGAGGAUCGAGACGUUAGAGAAGGAGAGUGCUGCUCUGGCAGACAGGCUGAUCCAGGGUCAGGUGACCCGGGCUCAAGAGGCAGAGGAGAACUAUGUGAUCAAGCGGGAGCUGGCAGUGGCACGGCAGCAGUGCAGCACAGCCAGUGAAAGCCUGGAGCGAGCACAGGACACCAUCCGGGAACUUCAGCAGCGCAAGUAUACAGAGCAGUUUGUGAGCAGCCUGCAGACACAGCUGGAGCAGUCACGGCUGCAGGAGGCAGAGCUGCUUGGAGCCCUAAAGGAGAUGCAGGACAAGGUGCUGGAACUGGAGAAGAGGAGCAGCUUGCUGCCAGAUGAGAGCAAUGUGGCACAGCUGCAGGAAGAGCUGAAGCUGGUGAAGCUGAGGGAGCUAGAGACUCUGCACUGCUUCAGGGAGAUGCAGGACACUGUGACAGAGCUGAACCAGUGCUGGCAGCAGCAUGUGUCACGGGGUGGCGGAGGAGGUCACUGGAAGGAGUCUCCAAAGAAGAAUGCAAUGAAUGAGCUUCAAGACAAGCUGAUGAGCAUGCGUCUGCGUGAGGCCCAGGCUCAGGCCGAGCUGAGGGAAGCGCGGCUCAAGGUCCUACAGCUGGAGAGCCAGAACCAGAUCCACGGCAAGCUGGUGAGUCGCCAGGAGGAAGAGAGUGCUGCCCUGCAGGAGAGGGUGCAAUACCUCACUGCGCAGAACAAAGGCCUGCAGGGGCAGCUCAGUGAGGUGAAGAGGAAGCAGGCCGAGUCAGAUUGCAAGAGUAAGGAGGAAGUGAUGGCCGUACGAUUACGGGAGGCAGACAGCAUGGCAGCCAUGGCUGAGCUGCGGCAGAGGAUCGCUGAGCUUGAGAUCCAGAAGGAGGAAGGGCGGAUCCAGGGUCAGCUGAACCACUCGGACGCCAGCCAGUACAUCACCCAGCUGCGGGAGCAAAUCUCUGAGCUCAAGAACGAGAUAAGGCAGCUGCGUGGACAACACCAGCAUUUCCAGGAUCUGGGAAGCAGCAGCCUCCAGGACUUGGCCAGCCCGGCUUCAGUGGAGGGUGACUACCUCAGCUCGGACGAGGACCUGUUGCCUGGCUCUCUUCCACCUACAACACGGUACUCGACCCUGUCAGCUGCCUGCCACCCGUCGCCUCACCUGGACAGCGAAGGGGGCACUGACAGCGAAGGAGACGAGAGGGCCAGUGAGGGUGAUGGGUGCUCAGCUCCAGCACUCUAUUCCAAAGUGUGCCCGGAGGCCCUGGACCACUGAGCAGCCCAGGAUGCGUGGGUGUGACAUGGCCGCUCACUGUUGUCCCAUUGCAUCCCCCACCUACAUUGUUUGUCAUAAGCUGUGCCAAAUUUGUCCUGGGGUGUCAUGGUGCCAUCUGCCUCUCACAUCCCGAUGUUAGUGACACAAAUUAGGCUCUGUCUCCUUCCUAGCAGAUGCACACUUGACUAUGGAACUGCUCAGACACAGGUUUCAGUAUUGUUAGUGUCACCACAGCAGUUGGCUACCCUGUGGUUGAAUCCUGGAUAACCCACUGAGAAAACACAAACUGAUGGACAGUGUGGGACAAGCUGGGAGCAUUUGGCGUGGAAUACCCUGGUGAUGUGGACAAAGAGAAGAUGUAAAGUUGAAAGAGGGAGAGAACUUCUAUUCCCCUGAAACUGCAGCUUCUCUGAAAAAGGCCCUUUCCCAUGUGUUUGCUUUCACUAUUUUAAUGCUGUACUGUCAGUGUUGCCCCUUCUCACCUGAAUCACUGUCUCCUCCUGCCAGUGUGCCACUCAGUGUUUACCACUGAUAUGGACACUUAGCACAGCAGUGCUCUCUGUCUCGUUUGUUCUCUGUCUUCCCCAAACCUCAGCUGCACUGGAUACUCUGAGUGAGCAGGUUGAGGGUUGCACACCCUAUGAUCUGCCUAGUUUUUCAUCUUUCGAUCACAGGCUGCUGUUCUCUCUGCUCAUAGCUGCCCGAGAAGCUUGACGCUCGACACUGAAGCUUAUGGCAGCUUGUUGGAGAGUUUUGGAGAGGACCAAGGAGAGGGUAGGAGUGGAAAGAGAGAGAACAGCAGAGGAGACAUAUGCUGAGUGGUAUUUUUAUUGUCAUAGGUAUAUUACUAGGUGAUAUAGACAAAUUAUUAAUGAAUAUGUACAUGAAUGCAUCUGUUUGUGUCUUUAUGCCUUGCAGACAAAGGGAGGCAAAAUAAUUCAAAUUUAUAACUUGUUUAAUGUGUCAAGACUUUAAC